CCUGCGGCGCUAGCUCCGACCGACGGCGAGACGCGAGCUCAAAUCCGACGCGCCCCCACCCCAUGGAGCUCACCAUCUAGGCGCGGCUCGGCCCGUCGCAUGGAUCCAGAUGUUCUCGUGGGGCCGUAGCAAGCAGUCCUCGCCCGCCUCCUCCUCCGGCCGCCGCGGCGCCGGCGACGCCCCCAUGGACUCCGGCGGCAGCAGCCGCCGCGGGAGCGGCAGCGGCAGCGGAAGCGGGAGCGGGAGCCGCGGACGGAGCCCGCGGCUGGAGCGCCGCAACGCCGCGAAGCACAUCGAGUACGAGGCUGGCGCGGGCGCGGGGCCGACGUCCGUGUCGGCGUCCUGGUCCUCCUCGGCCUCGGCCUCGUCGGCCGAGCGCUCCCCGGGGGUCCGCCCGUCGCGCUCGCUCGACCUGGCGGCCAGGGGCGGCGGCGGCGGCACGGACUUCCGCAUCAGCGGCAGCGGGGAGGGGGAGGUGGACGAGCUCUGCCGCAGCCUGGGGCUGUCGGGCCCGGAGGACUUCGCCAUCCCCGUCGCCGCCUGGGAGGCCCGCAAGGCGCGCUCCAGCAACGACCUCCUCUCCCGCGCCGCCCGCCCUGACACGUCCAAUCCCCCCUUGGCAGACCCCGCCCCUGUCGUCCGCACCACCUCCGCCCCCGACGCCCCGUGGCCCGUGCUCCUCUCCUUCCCCGACCCCAUUCCCGAGGAGUCCAUCCACUCGUCCGCCACCUCCACCGCCACCGACUCCGUGGAGGAGCUCACCCUUCCACCGCCAGCGGAAUCCCCCAAACCCACCCCUGCGGCUGCCCUUACGGCGCACGUCGCGGGCCUGUCCCUCCUCUCGCCGAGAAGGACAACCGGGGAGGUCGGGAUCCGGGGCGUCCGGCCGCCCCUGCUCUCCCCGCCUCCACCGAUCACGGGGCUCGCACCGCCACCGGUGAGGCAGCCGUCUGUGGCUGCGACCGUGAGCGGAUCGGCCUGGGACAUCGUGAACUCCUUUGCUCCCAGGGAAGAGAAUCACAGUGAACUACGGAUGUCUUACCAACAUGUCGAUUCACCUCACGUGUCAGACACAGAGGAGGAGGAGACCCACGAAGGAUUCGCAGGAGCUGAGGGAGAGCAUAGAGAGUGGAGGGUAGGAGAGACCUUCGAAGGGUUCACCGGGACAUCCUCGCUGUCGACAACCAACGAUGAUGAUGCAUCGAGCACGAAUACAGAGCCCGUGUUCAACAUCUCGCCCAAUGGCAAGUUCAAGCGGAACAUCAAGUCAUGGAUGCGUGGUGCGCUUCUGGGGAGUGGCUCAUUCGGGACCGUGUACGAGGGGAUCAGUGAUGAAGGUGCGUUUUUUGCUGUUAAGGAAGUGUCUUUGCUUGACCAAGGAAGCAAUGCACAGCAGUCUAUUCUAGCACUCGAACAGGAAAUCGCUCUGCUUAGUCAGUUCGAACAUGAAAAUAUAGUCCAGUAUUAUGGAACUGACAAGGAAGAAUCGAAACUUUACAUUUUUAUUGAGCUUGUUACACAAGGUUCUCUUUCAUCUCUCUAUCAGAAGUAUAAACUACGUGAUUCACAAGUCUCUGCAUACACAAGACAGAUUCUGAAUGGAUUAGUCUAUCUCCAUGACAGAAAUGUGGUCCACAGAGAUAUCAAAUGCGCCAAUAUAUUGGUUCAUGCAAAUGGAUCGGUGAAACUUGCGGAUUUUGGAUUGGCAAAGGAGAUGUCUAAAAUCAAUAUGCUGAGAUCAUGCAAGGGAAGUGUUUAUUGGAUGGCACCUGAGGUUGUUAAUCCGAGAAAAACAUAUGGGCCGGCAGCUGAUAUGUGGAGCCUUGGCUGCACUGUGUUAGAAAUGCUAACCCGCCAAAUACCUUAUCCUAAUGUGGAGUGGACAAAUGCUUUCUUUAUGAUUGGAAGAGGAGAACAGCCUCCCAUGCCCAGCUACUUGUCUAAAGAAGCCCAGGACUUCAUCGGCCAGUGUGUAAGAGUAGAUCCAGAGGAGCGGCCUACUGCCUCAGAACUUUUGGCGCACCCAUUUGUUAACAGGCCACUGCGAGCUUCUUUUGAUUCUUUGUCUCCUCCGACCAAUAGGCAAUAGUAUGAUAGUGUGGUGUCCCUGUUUGUGCAACCUCGGCUCAGCUCCUGAAUAGAUCUUCAAGAUCUCCAGUCAUGGUGCCAUAUGUUAGGAGGGUGUGUAGUUAAAUAGGAUUGGUGAGGUUGAGCAUUGACCAUGUUUCUUGGAUUGUUUGUGUAUUUUUUUUCCAUAGGCAAAACCUUUUUUUUCUUUUUCUUGAGGACAACCAAUAGAUUUUGUACAACUUAGCAGGAAAUAGUUGGAAUUGCGGUGAUGCUAGGAUGACCCGGUGUUUGUAAAUGCUUGACCUCAUCAUUCUUUACUCCAUGGCUCCUGAAAUCAACCGGAGCAUUAUAUUGCCUGGUAUUCUUUACUCAUAUAGUGAGUGGAAAAUUGCAA